AUGGCCAACUUCUCCUUAUGGGUGACUUUUGGAUUAUGUUUGCUGAAGCUUUGUCUAACAGAAACACAAUUCAAUGUAAGUUGCAGAUAUGGAGGAGUUUUUCACGUUGAGAAAAAUGGUCGCUACAGUCUCACACGAUCUGAAGCAGUAGAACUCUGCAGAGCUCUCAAUAGUACCCUGUCAACACUAGAGCAGUUGAAGAAAGCUCAUGAACUUGGAUUUGAAACUUGCAGGUAUGGUUUUGUAGUGGGGAAUAUUGUUAUCCCACGAAUCAAUCCCUAUCAUCUUUGUGCAGCGAAUCAUACUGGCAUUUACAAACUUUCAGCAAACGCAACUGGGCGGUAUGAUGCAUACUGUUAUAAUGCGACAGAAACAAGGGACAAAGCAUGCGAGCCAAUUGAAAGACUAGACUCUUCUUUCCUCAAUAAUCAGGGUGAAAUAGUCAUUGACAAUGCAGAUGGCUCACGUUAUAAUGCAGAUGGCACGCGUCAUAGCGGCGAGUCCUCAUCCUCAGGUGUGGAUGAUGAAAAUGUAGGUAGUGGAUCAACACAUGACACAACUCCCACAGAUAUCUCCAUCAGGAAAGCCAGCCCCUCGUAUUAUGGAAGUGCUACUCCAGUCUCACAGCUACCAGAUCAUUCUUCUGGAGGAGGUGAAAAAGAAUUUCCUAGAAAAGAUUCUGAUGAUGAAGUUUAUCCUGUAUCACCUGACAUCUCUUUGGUUACGGCUGCUGAUGAAAAAGAUGGUGGACAGUAUCCUACGAGUACUACUGUGGACUUGCAACAUGAAACACUUCUGGAAAUCUCCACACAAGAUCAUUGGAACCCCGCCUAUACCGAUGAAGAGGAGCAGUAUCCUAGCUCUGCUGGCAGGGCACUAGUUACAAGUGAAAACGAAAAACAUCAAGGACCAACCCAACAUCCACUAUUACACAGUGCUCAUUCUGCAUGGAUCACUCAAGAGAAAAAUCUUGCAACUACCACUGGGAGUAUUGAACAACGUGAAUUUACUGUUGCAGGUGAAAAUGAUAUUGAAAAGGAAUCUUCUCAUACAGCUAUGUCCUCCAACCAUGGGGCCAAACAGAACGACUCCGCGCAAGACAUAUUGGUGUACCCAGGUUGGGACAAGGGAGAAGAUUAUGCCACACAACCUACUAUAACGGAUAGAAUUAUUCCUUCCAGAGAGAAUAAUCAUGAAAAAGAGUCUUACACUACAGCUAUCGCCUUUCCUGAUGGUGCCCACCACGAAGACCCACCUCAGCUACCUCUGCCUUCAGAUCAUGAAUCUGGACAGGGCACUGAAGUCAUCAUGCAUCCCACAGACGCCUCUGGGGAUGGGGUCCUCCACAGGACCACAGUUAGUACGAACAAAGCUGUCACAGAGUCCAUGGAUGCUAUUAACCAAGAGAAAGCAACCAAGGAGCCACUGUCACCUGGCACUCCACCUGAAAGUGGAAGUGAACAAGCAAAUACCACAGAUGGUUCCCAUGUUAAUUGGAUACCUGGAGUUUUUCCAGAUAUUGAAGAUCAUCUUAACCAAUUGCAGACUCCUCUUCCUACUAGAUCUACCUCCAGUACAUAUACCAAUCAAGGACCACACAAUAGACAUUAUGAAUCCACUACUUUCCCUGGAGAUACCACAACAAAAAGAGAUUCACAAUUAAGGUUAGCCCAGGUACCAGGUUGGCUGAUCGUCGUUGCUGCUCUUGUGGCGCUUGCGUUGAUUCUCGCAGUGUGCAUUGCUGUGAACAGUCGGAGAAGAUGUGGGCAGAAGAAAAAGCUAGUGAUUAACAAUGGCAAAGGGGCAGUGGAGGACAGGAAGACAAGUGGAUUAAAUGGAGAUGCCAGCAAAUCACAAGAAAUGGUGCACUUGGUUCAUAAAGAACAGUCAAAUGACCGAACAGGAGCAUGUGACGAAUUCCUUACCGUUAAUGAAACACAAAAUCAUCAGGAGCUUAACAUGAAGAGUAGAGUGUAG